AUGAGUUUCAUCUCCAACGUUUUCAUUUCCAGCAGCUUGAACGGACCGCAUCCGCCCAAUUCGCAAAUCGUCUCUCGAACAAAGGAAGGAAACGAGGCGGAUCUAUAUCCUCGCGGUGGUUUCUUUGGACUCAAGAACACGAAGAGAUACCUCGUCGUUGAGAAAAACAAGACCGCCAGCGAAGUGGUCACCGAUCUGUGCAUCAUUGCUGACGAUCAAAAUGUCCCGUCGGGCUUCACCGAAAUAAAACGCACUCUGGAGAAAGACGACAAAUGCUUGCAUUCGACAAGGCUUUGCGUGGCAAAAGGAUCCUUCCAUACCAGUGCUAAGAAAGUCACCGACAUUGCGAUUACCUCAGACGACGAUUUCGCCCGAAACCAUCUUUACACAUCCGCUGGUAAACUGAAUGGACUCUAUCUCUGCUUCAAAGUCGAGGUAUCGAACCGCCUAUCAGAGGCCAAACGCGCCUCUGCGGCUGAGAAGAAGCGUGUUGCUCCACCUCCACCGGCGGCAGCGAGUCCCGUUUCCCGAAGCUCCCGCUCGCCGAUCGCCUCUCCUCUCGACGGAGUCCAGUUCUCGCUCCACGAAUGCGUCUCCAACGGCGUCGAAAGUGCUCCAAAACGCGCCCUUCCGAAAUCAACCGUGCCAAUUCAAAACCAAGACGAGAUCAUUUCAAAAUAUUUCUACGGUUUCGAAAUCGAAGAAAAGGCGCUCCGCAGAAUUCACUGA